CUGGGACCCUUCGGUCUGUAGGCCGUAGCUCUAUCCACUGAGCCAAACUGGCUAGGGCUAUUCUUAUGUCUUGAAUGUCCUUUUCCUCUGGCUCCUUGGAGGCCCACUCAUCAUUAGCUAAAACCCUCACAAGAUUGCUGUGGGCUGCAGAGGGCAAGUCCCCAUCCUCCCCCCCCCCCCAAGCCAUAUUGAGGUACAGGUGAUAAGUACAAAUUGUAUAUAUUUAGAGGAGGGCAAGCUUUAAUAAGAGUAAGGAAUGCAUGGAACUUGAGGCAGCAAAAGUGAUUUGAACCCCACUUUACGGCUUACAUGUUAGCCUUAGACUGGUGGGUCUUUUUGAGCAUCGUUUUCUCAGCUAUAAGAUGGGAGCACCAUUGUCACCCUUACCCACGGUGAGAGCUACAAGGCCAUGCUAACAGGCCCAUCCACUUCACAGACGGAAACAGAUCAAGUUGUGGUCCAGCAAGAGUUGGCCUAUGGCCUGCGGAGGAGUUGCCACUGUAACCCUGGCACCCAGACCAGCCUCCUUUGCGCCCGGAUCUGUUUACCUUCAAACGUGAGGUGGAGCGGAGAUUUGCCGUCGAGGCUUGGAACUCUGGAUUCUCGGUCACCUCCCCUGUCCGGCUCCUCCUGGAUGGAACAAGAAGACAAACACGGUGUGUGUGAAGGCCCGGACUCAGAAGAUACAGGAAUGGGCUCUGAUUUUGAGAACUCCGAGGACAGGGAAGGGGACGCAGACGAGAGAGAAAUGGGUUCCAACGCGCAGGACGCAGACCAGAGAGGCGGCCACCCGGAGCAGGAGAUGGGCUCGGGCCCACGGGAGGAGCGGGAACUGGUGUCUGACAUCUGCACAGAGGGGCUGCUGAGCGAGGAAGAAGUUCUGCGGGAGGAAGAGGAUGGCCAGUCUGGAGUCGCUGCGGUGGCCGUGUUCCCGGGACUGUCCGAGUCCCACGGCACAUCCCGGAGCCCCCGGGAAGAAGAGGAGCCGCCGCCCCCACCGGUGCUUCCCUGGCGGCGGCACCUCUCCCUGGGGGGCUUCGGCCGCAACUCGCACCUGGUCAACCACCUGCGCGUGCACACGGGCGAGAAGCCCUUCCGCUGCGGCCAGUGCGAGAAGCGCUUCAGCGACUUCUCCACGCUCACGCAGCACCAGCGCACGCACACGGGCGAGAAGCCCUACACGUGCAUCGAGUGCGGCAAGAGCUUCAUCCAGAGCUCGCACCUCAUCCGCCACCGCCGCAUCCACACGGGCAACAAGCCGCACAAGUGCGCGGGCUGCGGCAAGGGCUUCCGCUACAAGACGCACCUGGCGCAGCACCAGAAGCUGCACCUGUGCUAGGGCCGGGCGCAGGGGGCUGCGCUCGGGGAGCUGGCGGGGUGUAAGUAUCCCGGGGGCAGGCCCUGCAGAAAGGCAUGGGAAGGGCGGGAGGGACAAUCUGAGAGUGACGGGGGCCCUUUUGGUGUUAGGGAGCGUUAAGAGGUGUUCUUUUGGUGCUACGUUUUGGGGACAACGAAGGAAUGUUUUGGAGAUGUGCUUGGGCGUGCUGACUCCCUCCAACACUCUAGGAGCUAAGCGGGCACUUUGAGGACCCUGAGGAAAUGGGGUUCGGGUGGGGGGGAACAGCGUGGCAGACCAAGAGUAGGUUGGGCUGCGAUGUUCUGUGGGAAUCAGGAGAGGGUGUAGUUGGAGUGAGGGUCAUGGAGGGU